AUGAAACGCGAUAAAGAGAAAGAGUUUCUCAAGAGCAAGAGUAAGAGUGAUAAAGAGAGUCUUUCAAGAAAAAUGAGUGAGAGUGAUAAAGAGAAAAGGAAUGAAUCCCUAAAGAGCAAGAAACAGAAAGAGUACUUCAAAAGGAAGCGCAAGAAUGGGAAAAUGUUCUUCUCGGGAAUGGGCGAGAGAAACAAAAGCCCCAAGAGAAAGGUUUUGAUAAGUAACAAAUAUUUGAAAAGCAAAAGAGAAGAACCAAAAUGCCAGGAGCAAGAGGUUGGAAGAGAAAUUCCCCCUAGAUCAGAUCGAGGCCAGAGUGAGAAAGAGAAAAAGUUGCUAGUUCCGAGGCAGAGUGGAGAAAGAGAAAAAGUUCUAGUUCGCGAGCAAGAGUGGAAGAAAGAGAAAAAGUUCUAUUCGAGGAGAAGGAGAGAAAGAGAAAAAGUUCUACUCGAGCAGAGAGAAAGAGAAAAAGUUCUUCUCGAGCAGAGAAAGAGAAAAAGUUCUACUCAAGUAGAUUGA